UAUAGGUUGAACAUUUUACAAUACGUCAUAACUUUACAGAGGUUGUAAGUAACAGAUAUAUUCAUUUAAUGGCAACAACUGAUUUUUCGAGAGUUAAGGAUUAUUUUCGUAAACGCUUACAGUUGAACGAAAGUGGUUUAACAGAUCAUACUGCUGCAGGUUUCAAAAAUAAUGCACAGCUUCAAAAGGCAGGACAUAAAUCUCAAUGUGAAAUCCUUGGAAUUAUAACUGAUAAGCCUAAACACAAACAAUAUGCCUGUUUAGCAUCAAGAAAGUUGUCUUAUAAAAACUGGCUUGGAACCAUGAAAGUACCAACAAUUGAUCAAUUAUCAGAAGCCGGAUUUGCAUAUACGGGAGUGUGUGACUCUGUGAGAUGUUUUUAUUGCGGAAUAGGACUUAAGGAUUGGCCUGAAGGGGCGUGCCCUUGGAAACAACACGUUUUGGCAAGCCCCACGUGCGGACAUGUCAUUCAAUGUAAAGGAAAAGGAUAUGUUAAUUGGAUUAUGGAUGAAAGUGAUGAAUAUUCUGAUGAAGGUGCCUGUGGUACUGACGGUGUAGUUGACACCGUACAACUGGCUAUGAAAAGGAACGAGGAUGCUGUGAGUGUAGCUAGACUGUAUUGUUCAAAUGAGGAUAUCAUCAAUACGGCUAUUAAAUCUUUGAUAAAGAAAGAUAUAUUAAGAAAUUUUUCUGCUGUUGAUCUUGUUAAAGUUGUAGAAGAAAUAAAAGAAAAGCGAGAGUUAGAAGCAGAAUCAGACGAUAGUGAGUCCGAGACAUAUAGGGAUAUUGAAGAAGCUAACAGACAAUUGAAAGAGCCAGUAACUUGUAAAAUAUGCUUUGAUGCUAUUGCCAGUAUAAUUACAUUACCGUGUGGCCACUUGGCCUGUUGUUCUCAGUGUAUCCCUGCACUUUCUAAGUGUGCUAUUUGUAGAGCACAAAUUAAAGGAACUGUGCGGGCUCAAAUGGUUGCUUAAGAAGAUUUUUUUCGGACGAAGUCCGUCUGUUAUCGGUUUGACUUCCUGUAAAAUUAACAGGGACGGACUGAAUAUAAGAA